AUGGUCCUCACGGUAUACGGCUACGUUCCAGCAUGGGGUUUACCAGACAUCAGUCCGUAUGUGACCAAGCUCAUCUUCUUCCUCAAAAUGACCGGAACACCAUACAAGUAUCAAGCAGAGAAUCUGGACGAGCUCGACGUCAACGCACCAUGUGGUAAGCUUCCAUACAUCAUCGACGACGACGGAACCAAGGUCAGUGACUCGAGCGAGAUCAUCGCCUAUCUUGGGGAAAGGUACGGGGCAACGCUCGACAAGAAACUGUCGCCCUCCGAUCGGGCUGUCUCCGUUGCUUGGGACCGUCUCUUCUGCGAGCACCUCUACUGGAGUGGAGUGAUCGAACCCAGAUGGCGUCUGGAUGAAGGAUGGGAGACGUACAUUCCAUACAUUGUCUCCGGGGCAGAAGUAAAGCCCGAGCUACGCAAAGUCCUCGAUGCGUUUCGGGUGCGCAUCUUGCAGGGCUUCAAUGGUCAUGGGAUGGGUCGAAGGAGUCAUGAGAAUGUGCUGCAGGUGUACAAAGUGGAUGUUGAUGCCGUGGCAGAUUUUCUUGGGGAUAAGGCAUACUUCCUUGGGGACGAACCGCGCAAUGUCGACGCCGUUGCGUAUGCUAUGCUGAGGCAUCUGACUGAUCAGCCCCAGAAGUGGCCUGGAACUGGAUAUGUUGAGGGCAAGGCGAAUCUUGUGGCAUAUUUGGAGAGGAUGAGGAAGAGAUAUGAUAUGUGA